GAAUCAUCAAACCAACGAACCAAAACAUAGAUACGAGAGGGAAAACACAAACCCUAAAACCCUCCGGACCCGCGAAAAGGUCCACCGCCACUGUGACCAUGGCCGCGAGCUCAUCCUACCCCAGCGGCGCGUUAACCGGCACGCGCUUCUCCGACCUCCAGCCGCCGCUGUCAAAGCCGGUGCUGGAAGCCAUUCGAGAGGCCGGAUUCGAAUUCUGCACUCCGGUUCAGGCUGCCACGAUCCCCUUGCUGUGCAGUUUCAAGGACGUGGCUGUAGACGCCGCCACCGGCUCCGGCAAAACCCUGGCCUUCGUCGUGCCUCUAGUGGAGAUUCUCCGCCGCUCCUCCUCGCCUCCGAAGCCCCACGAGGUAAUGGGGGUUAUUAUUUCCCCAACUAGGGAACUUUCUUCGCAGAUAUAUAAUGUUGCGCAACCUUUCAUUGCGACUCUGUCGAAAAUCAAGUCAGCACUUCUUGUUGGUGGGGUCGAUGUUAAAGCCGAUGUGAAGAAAAUGGAGGAAGAAGGAGCAAAUUUAUUGAUAGGUACGCCUGGGAGGCUCUAUGAUAUAAUGGAGCGCAUGGAUGUAUUGGAUUUUCGAAACUUUGAGAUAUUAAUUUUAGAUGAGGCUGAUAGGCUCUUGGAUAUGGGGUUCCAGAGACAGAUAACUUCUAUUAUCUCUCGCUUACCCAAGCUUCGCAGAACUGGUCUUUUCUCUGCGACACAAACUGAGGCUGUUGAGGAGCUAUCUAAAGCAGGUUUAAGAAAUCCUGUGAGGGUUGAGGUGCGGGCAGAAUCUAAACCCCUCAAUAAUUCGUCACAGGAUUCAGGUUCUUCAAAGACCCCUUCAGGUCUUCAUAUCGAGUAUUUGGAGUGCGAAGCUGACAAGAAGCCAUCACAGCUCAUUGAUUAUCUUAUGAAAAAUAAGUCUAACAAGAUUAUAGUUUACUUCAUGACCUGUGCUUGUGUUGACUACUGGGGAGUAGUUCUUCCUCGCCUCUCUGCACUGAAGGGCUUGUCUUUGAUUCCUCUCCAUGGGAAGAUGAAACAGAGUGUAAGAGAGAAAGCAUUAUCUUCAUUUACAACGCUAUCAACUGGUGUUCUCCUAUGUACUGAUGUGGCAGCACGUGGUCUGGACAUACCAGGUGUGGAUUGCAUUGUUCAGUAUGACCCCCCUCAAGAUCCAAAUGUUUUCAUUCAUAGAGUUGGGCGAACUGCUAGAAUGGGCAGACAAGGAAAUGCGAUUGUUUUUAUGUUGCCUAAGGAGGAAGAAUACGUUGAAUUCUUGCGGAUAAGAAGGGUUCCACUUCAAGAGAGGAAAUGCUCUGAUGAUGCUCCCGAUGUUGUUCCUCAGAUGCGAUCUGCUGCUAGAAAAGACCGAGAUGUUAUGGAGAAAGGAGUGAGAGCAUUUGUCUCAUUCAUUCGAGCAUAUAAGGAGCAUCAUUGCUCUUAUAUCUUCAGGUGGAAAGAACUUGAGAUUGGGAAGUUAGCCAUGGGGUAUGGCCUAUUGCAGCUUCCUGGUACGCCUGAGGUGAAGCUCCAUUCUCUUUCCACCGAGGGUUUCACUCCAGUUGAAGACAUUAACUUGGAGGAUAUAAAGUAUAAGGAUAAAUCUCGCGAGAAACAGAGACAAAAGAACCUGCGAGCUAAGAAAGAAGCGCAGCAGAAAGUUCCGAAGCCUCAGAAGCCCAACAAGAAUCCGAACCCUGCACCCGCUGCCAUGAAGAAGAAGACAGCGAAACAGAGGCGUACUGCUCAGACCAUUGAAGAUGAAGAUGAGUUGGCCAGGGAAUAUCGGCUUCUCAAGAAGCUGAAGCGGGGGGCUAUUGAUGAAGACGAGUUCGCCAAGUUAACGGGAACCGAAGAUUUGCUCUGAAACUCGUUUUCCCCCAGAAGAUUGGUUUUUCAAUUAUCAAAUGCUUAUCACGAUUCUUGCCGGUCUAACAUGGGGGGUUGGUUUGCCAGAGGAGGUGGAUAGAUCGAUUGAUAGAGUUGUGCGAAUUGUAUUAGAAUCUUAGAUCACUUGUCAUUGUAUAAAGAUGAAUCAAUUGGUGUGUAAGGAGGGAAAAAAUAUUUAAUUGAUGCUUCAAUACUAAACUUUCGAUUUUCGAACGUCAA